UUCCAUCGGGUAUAACGCUAAGUUAUCAAACUUACGUUUAACUAUAAACAUAUUUUUUUGUCAGUAGAUUUACAAAAUAAUUAUUACAAAAUUUAUUUCUCAUAUUAAUCAAUCAGGUUCUUUGCGAUACAUUCGAAUAUAUUGUCAUACUCUGGGUAGUGACGUCGCAAAAGCGCCACGGAAGUUGAUCGCACUAUCAUCGAGCCAUUUCUCGAAAGUUCCGGAAACUGCUAGAACGAACCUUUGUAUAUAUGGGCUGCGCAGCCUACGCGACUCUUUAGUUCAUCAUAAGACUUGUGAAGUGGACGUGUCUAAGCGGAAUCUGUUAUACAGAAUCCUUGAGCAAUUACAUCUCCAUUUGGAGGCAAGUUUUAAUUAUUAGUGCCAACUGGAUAUUUGACAAGAACGAAAGAGGAAGGAUAUAUCCAUAGAUAAAGAUAUCUACAUCAUGGGUAAAGACUACUACAGAACGCUUGGCAUCAACAAAGGUGCCAGUGACGAUGAGAUAAAGAAGGCUUAUCGGAAACUGGCGUUAAAAUACCAUCCUGACAAAAACAGAAGCGCCGGAGCCGAGGAAAAAUUCAAAGAGAUUGCUGAAGCCUAUGAAGUUCUAUCUGACACUAAAAAGAGGGAAGUCUACGAUAAGUUUGGCGAAGAGGGGCUGAAAGGAGGAGCAUCAUCUGGCGGCAAUGGUGGCGGUGGCACCUACACCUUCCACGGAGAUCCAAGGGCCACAUUCGCUCAAUUCUUUGGCUCAGCUACGCCAUUCUCGACUUUCUUUGAGUUUGGUGGAAGCGGAAGCGGAAGCAAUCGAGUCUUUGGGUUCCACGAUGACGAAAUGGACCUCGACGAUCCCUUCCAUCUGGGAAUGGGUCCUGCACGAAACGCCGGUCCUGGUGGAGCCUUCAGAUCUCACUCGUUCAAUUUCGCUGGCUCUAAUUCUGGUAGAGGUGGUGGGAAGGAUCGUGCUCAGGAUCCACCUAUAGAGCACGACCUGUAUGUCAGUUUAGAAGACAUCACACGGGGUUGCACAAAGAAGAUGAAGAUUUCAAGGCGAGUCGUACAACCAGACGGUACCACCAAAAAGGAAGACAAAGUUUUGACGAUAAAUGUCAAGCCAGGCUGGAAAGCGGGAACGAAGAUUACUUUCCAGAAGGAGGGUGAUCAGGGCCGUGGUAAAGUUCCUGCUGACAUCGUCUUCAUCAUCCGAGACAAGCCACAUCCUCUGUUCAGGAGAGAAGGCAGUGACAUCAGGUAUGCCUGCAAGAUGAGCUUAAAGCAGGCCUUAUGUGGAACAGUGAUUGAAGUUCCCACUUUGUCUGGAGAGAAGAUCACUUUGAACUUGACAAGGGAAAUUGUGAAGCCGACUACGGUGAAGAGGAUUCAAGGACAAGGUCUUCCCUUCCCUAAGGAACCAUCGCGUAAAGGAGAUCUUCUGGUUGCAUUCGAUAUUAAGUUCCCUGACUCGUUAACGCAAAGUGUAAAGGAUAUAUUGUAUGAUACUCUACCAAAUUGAUUACUCGAAAGUAAAGGAAGAAGAGUCGGCGAAUGAAUAUCUCAAUAACUCUAGGACUCUGAUCGGUUUUGAUGAACGAGACUAAAGACUCUUGUACGUUAUAGUACAUUAACGAUAUAUUACGAUUGGAGAAUUUAACGUAAACGUGACGAUAAAAAAAAUAGAUAUCGAUCGUUAUCUUUGUUUUCUCUCAUAAGACAAUUUUGCGAGGUAUUCAAAACGGCAUAGAAAUUAAUUUUUCCUAUCUGACAUUUCUGGAGCCAUUUCAACUUGUUCAAGCUUUUAAUUUGAUACCUUGCAUAUAUUGAACAAGAUAGUUCGCGAAAAAUCCCUUUAACUCUUCCAUGUUUGGAAGACUACUCCUAAACGAUAAAAAAAAUUACGAGUGUAUGAAUGAUGUUCGAUGCGCUAAGUUAUAUGCAAUUACCUAGUGAGAAUGUAUAUCGAUGCUAAUUUAUGUGAUUUUUGUUGAGUUAAAUGUGUAUAGUGAAAAUGCGAUUUAUGUAAGGUUAUGAAUGCGAGUAAAUGUAUAAUAUGUCGUGAGAAUGAGAAAAGCGUCUAUGCAAUUCAUUUAUACUGUCAACCCUUUGUGUAUGAAAAUCCUGCAUAUUUGUAACAAUUAAAAUAAUUUCUUGUUUA